CCAUACACCUUCCAGGCCACCGUAGUUCCAUCUGAGGAGUUCCUGUCAUGGUCGCCAUGGAAAGUGUUUACCAGAGGAUUAUUUAAUUACUUGGUUUAUAAAUCAUAUGAAAUGGCAGCGGUUUUCCUGGUGACCUUGUAUGAAUACUCCCCAUUGUUUUACAUUAGUGUGGUUUCUUUGUGUUUCGUUGUUACCGCCGCCAUGGUGCUGGGCUGGUUUGGCUUUGACGUCCCAGUAAUCCUUCGCAGCUCUGAUGAGACAGAGUCCCUCCUACCAACCCCUGAGAAGCAAAUGGUUCAGAUGACCAAUCCCUUCGCCCUGGACAUGGGCUCUGGACCAGCAUCUGUCUCUGAUGGUGUGUCAGUGAGGCCUUGCUGUCUGGAGCCCUGUGUCCUGAGCUGUUUCUGGGGCUGUGAGGUCAGUGCCCUGCAGGGGGCGCUGCAGGCCCACCAGCACGGCCCAAGGCUCAGCACCCCCCAAUAUUUCCAGGAGGCCCUGCACCUCCGCUACCACCACUGCCAGAGCUUCCAUAUCGGCAGUGAAGACAGAGUGGAACACCACACACAGAUUCCUGCUGACUGGGGAAUCACAGAUUUUGGGCUGUUGCCAAGGGAACGCUACCCUCUUGUGGCUGUGCUGACGCUGGCAGAGCCAGAAGCCAGAGACGCGUACAACAUUGUGGCCACUGUGACAGUUAUUCAUGUUCCUGAUGACAAAUACAGCCUUUCUGCACGGGUUCUCUUUCAGUACCUUCUCACCGCACAAGGGAACAUGUACGAGUUAAAGCCUCUCUUCAUGUCAGCUGACAGUAUGGGGGUUUCUGAGCCCCCUGACUCAGAGCACAGUACCCCACCCAGUGAAGCCAACGACGGGGCCAGCAGAGUGGAGCAGAGUCCAGUGCUGGAGGAGGAGGAAGAGGAGGAGGUGGAGGAGGAGCAGGUGGAGGAGGACUGGUGGGAGAGCAGGGGCAGAGACUGUGUGGUCUGUCAGAAUGCAGCAGUGAACAACGUGUUGCUGCCCUGCAGACACGCCUGCGUGUGUGACAGCUGUGUGUCACACUUCCAGCACUGCCCCAUCUGCAGGGCCUUCGUCCAGGAGUCCUUCACACUGACACGGGGCCCAGCUGCAGAGCAAUGACCCCGCACUGAACCAGGGAAUGUUAUUUCAAGAGACAACAUGCAUUUUUAAAUUAUUUUACAUCAAACUUCCAAGGACAGAAACGUUCAGCUGUGUGGAUCAGGGGCAGUUGUCCUGUGGUGAGCAGCAGCGGCACUGAGUGUUCUGCACCACUGAGAUUUUGACCUAAAUGUAUCCGCCUCAAAAUAUUUCAAUAUGAUUUCUGUUUGCCUUUCAUUAUUAGUCUCAUUUAAAAAUACUAUAAGCAUGUAUCAUUUUUUUUCAGCAUGAAUGUGCUUUCAUUUACAAAGCAGAUAGUAUACAACAUACGAGUGCUAAGCUGCCCUGUCAGCACGGAACAUGUACAACUUAUCACGUAUAUCCAGCUUUAUUCACCUGAAAGCUGUAACAUGUUUGUAUCUACAUGGCUACACUCUCAGAAACGCACAUAAUAUUUAAUGUAUUCUGGUUACGUCUGUUUCCAGGUCAGAGGAACUGUGAAGGUGGGAGCUCGUGAAACAUGAACUACAGUAUUUGUGAUGAUGAUGAUGGUUUUAGUAGAUGUCAGACUCUGAACCAAACACAGAAUGAUCAGCUUUGUUGUGGACAAAGGCAGAAAGCUGCAUUAUUUCCACUAAUUUAAACCUCUGUGAAAUGAGUUACAUGACUCAGCUGAUCGGUUUAAGAUCAGAGAGCAGUUGCAAAAGAUGUACAUAACAUUGUUAUAUUAUAUAUAUUCAUGUACAGAUUAUUUAUGUUUAGUCCAUUUUGUGAAUGUCUUGUUUUAGCAUGAUGGUUUGACAUCGUUCGCAGGACCAGUGCAGUAUUUAUUGACCACAGCCAAUCAAUCCCUGAGCUUUAAAGUGACUCUGUAAAUGAAGGUGUAAGGAAUGAUUAAAAACACUGAAGAUUGC